CGGUGGGUCACGUGACAUCAUCUGCUGCUGCUGGCUGUGCGAAGCGUGUUAGCAGAUUUUUCUAUUUUGUACAUACAUUGUUUUGUAUAUACUGUAUAUGAUGACUUCACUGGCCGGCACCCAAGCCCGGGGAACUCGGGAUAGAACGCUGCCCAGCACCACACAAACAACACAACCACAAAAACAGAUACAGGCCACAGCAGAACAGAUUCGUUUAGCCCAAGUGAUCUACGACAAAAAUGAUACUGACUUUGAAGACAAGGUCAAACAGCUGAUUGAGGUGACAGGGAAGACUCAAGAUGAGUGCAUAGUUGCCCUCCACGAUAGUAACGAAGAUGUAAACAAAGCCAUCAAUCACCUGCUAGAGAACAACCCUGACCCAAACUCCUGGGAGACUGUGGGGAAGAAGCGGAGUCUUGGGAAAGAAGGAGGAACCUCAGAGAUAAAGGAGAGCAGAGAGAGGAAAGGAGGAGAAAGGGAUGCCAGUCGUGGACGUGGAGGUUCCAAUAGGAUGGGCAGAGGAAUUAGCCGAGGGCGUGAAGGCCCGGGUCGUAUAGAGGACGCAGGACGCAGGGGACGAGGCAGAGGGGUAGGGGGUCGAGGAAGAGGAAGAGCAGCUGAUGGCAACAGGUUCUCCACCCAAGGAAUGGGCAUCUUCAAUCCUGCAGACUACUCGGCUAACGCCGCAGCCCGCCAGGAGACAUGGGAAGGGGACGGAAACGAUUCCGCUGAAGCACCUGGAGCAUCGGUAGGGAACACGGAAGAAUGGAAUUUAGAAGACUGGAAUGAGGAUUUGUCUGAGACCAAAGUAUUCACUGCCUCGACUGCUCCAGGAAACCCCAUCACACCUGGACACAAUAUGGACCUGGCUAGCCUUCUGUCUAAGGCUGGAGUGGCUGUAGGAGCCUCCAUGGACUCUGACUUGGGGGCGAUAGUUGAUGGGCCCUCAGCUGAAGAUUUGGGCCAAAGCCUGGUGUUUACCAAUUCCCAACACAAUGGACGUACUGCAACACACAGCUAUGCACAUGCCACCGCCAACAGCUACGCCGCUGCUGCUAGCACCACCUAUGCACACGCUGCACUGUCCUCAGUCCUGGGUUCUGGUUUUGGCCCUCUGAGUGCACCUAAGCCAACAUCUUCGCCUGACAUCAGGACAUCAGAACAGAUCAACGGGCCUCGGCUUGGUCAGAGAGCCAGUCAAACGUUAACCAACACCACCAGCAGCAGCAGUAAUGUUUCCAAAGAUGCAGGGCUACCUCCAAUGCAAUGUCCUUCUCCGGCCUCUUUUCCCCCAUUAGACAUCAAGGCUCAAAGAGUAGAUAAUGGCCCUCUGGCUGCCCAUCACAUGGAGAUGAAGCACCAACCAGAGCCAUCAGCAGUGCUCAGCCAGCUGGUACAGAGGCAACAACAGUCCAGCAUCCACCCCACCACAGAAUCCCUGGGCCUGUCUCAGUCACGUGCCCCACAGGUCCCCACACCACCAGGUCAUGAUUCCUUCGUCCCUCCUUUAAGAGAUUCUCCAGGAGUCAAGCUGCCAGGCAUGGAGCCUCCCAUCACAGAACCCCCUCAGCGGCUGCUCAAGACACAGAGACGCAGAGUACCUCCCCCCUCAAAGAUUCCGUCGUCAGCAGUGGAGAUGCCAGGCUCAGCAGAUAUGUCUGGUCUGAAUUUUCAGUUCGGAGCUCUCGACUUCGGGUCUGAGGCAGGUAGUGGAACAGCAGACAUGGCACAGGUGGAGUUGCCCAGGGAACAAGCCCCCACUCAGGCCCCAGCUCCUGCAGCAGCAUCGCCCAUGUCUGUCCCUACUUCUGUUCCCACACAGCAGCCACAGAGCAGCCUGUUCUCUAAUUCAGGGUCUGUGAGCGAACACAUGAGCGGUUUACCAAGCUUACCCUCAGAUCCCAGCUUCCCCUCACCAUCUUUGGGCUUACCCAGUGCCACGCCCUCACCAUCCAUGGGUCUUCCCAGUGCAGCCGCUCCACCAUCUUCUGCAGCCCCUACCACAGUCAGCCGUUUGGAGAGCAGUGGCCAAAGAUCCCUGCCGCCUCAUCUUGGCUUCCCACAAAGCAAAGAUGUCCCAUCAGCUGUUGGUGGACCUCUCACAAACGGCUACAGUGGGAUGAAGAAACAGAGCACCCAGGACACGUCAUCGUCUAGAACAGCAAUAACUGAGUCUCCUGUUAUGACGAGUGACAGCGGCCCCAGUCACCACAUCCCGUCCCCUGCAGUGACCCCUUCGCAUUUGGCCCCUAUCCCCUCGCUCAGCAGUCACAUGACCAACACCCACUCAUCUGGAUUGGCCCUCGCCACAAGUUCCUCCCUGACACAACAGAUGUGUAAUGAGGAGAGCAUCAACAGCGGUGUCAACCUUCACGCCUUCUCAUCUGCGUCCAGCCAAAUUAUCAAUCCCAGUCUAUCAGCCGCCAUGGCUGUCAGCAACUCCAACACCAAUGGUCUUCACUUAUCUGGAGCACCAGGACUAACUCCUAAUGGCACAAACGCCAUACUCUCAGCUGCAAACAGCCGCACAGCUGCACUGCUCAACGCCGCUUCUGGUAAAGCUCCUCCAAAUUUGGCCCAAGGAGUGCCACCUCUCCUGGCUAACCAGUACACCAUGGGCCCUGGAGGCUGUUUCCCUGUUUACCCGCGGAUCUAUGGAUACGAGGAAUUGCAAAUGCUGCCAUCUCACCUUCCGAUGGACUAUUAUGGUGUAACAUUCCCUGGUACUGCAGCUGCUAUGCCUGGAAGAGAUGGCCUUGCCAAUAACCCAUAUUCUGGUGAGGCAACAAAGUUUGGUAGGAAUGAAUCCUCAUCUCCAGCUCCACCAACCAGCCUGUCUACAGGUGGGGUGCAGUCACAGCCCCAGCAGGCACAGCAGGGAGGAACACAGGGCCAGGGUGCAGGACAGAGCCAGGGUCAACAGGCACAGAAUCAGGCCUUCCUAAACCCCCCUCUGCCUCCCGGCUACGGAUACACUGGUUUGCCAUACUAUGCUGGUAUGCCUGGGGUUCCCUCAGCCUUCCAGUAUGGCCCCACCGUCUUUGUGCCUCCUGCUUCGGCAAAACAACCUGCAAUGGGUCUGGCCAACCCCUCCAAUCAGUAUCACCAACAGCAUCAGCCCAGUUACGGACAGCACGCCUAUGGCGCAGCCUUUGAUGACCUGUCUCAAGCCCACCCUGGGGAGUACAGUAAGGGAGGGUACGGAGGCUCUGCCCAGUCACAGGCCAAGUCAGCGGGCAGCGGCCCAGGGAAAGCACCAGGACUGUCAGGAUCAGGUAACAGUGGAGGAGUACCUGAUAUGGGAGGUUCAAUCUACAGCAAAACACAGUCAUUUGACAAGCAGGGCUUCCACACGGGGACACCACCUCCCUUCAGCCUACCCUCAGCACUUGGGGGAACAGGACCCCUGAACCCUGGGGGUGCCCCUGGCUAUGCCCCUGCUCCCUUCCUGCACAUCCUGCCACCGCAGCAACAGCCGCACUCCCAGCUGCUGCACCAUCACCUCACACAGGAGGGACAGGGUGGUCCCGGACAGCGCAAUCAGUCCAGCAGCAUGCAGCAGAAAACCCAAGGCAGCAAGUCCAACUACGGCAGCUCCCCCUAUUGGGCCAACUGAGGAAUGCUCCCCACCCGCCCCCCCUCUUCCCCAAAAGGCUGUGUGUGUGUGUAUGUGUGUGCGAUUGUGCGUGAGUGUCUAAAGCUAAAACGAAAAAGGCAAAUCGGAGACACACUACCCUCACAAUGAGCAACCUUGGGCCUCUUUGCCCUCCUCCCCCCACCUCCACAAGUCCUCAUAAGUCUUUUGGGUUCUCUCUUUAUCCCCUUUUCAAAAUUGGUUGUACAUGUAAGAUAUUUAUGUAUGUAUUUAUAUAUAUAUACUGUAUAUGUAAUAGUAGAACAUGAAAUGUGGCAUUUUAUUUUUGAAGGACUUUUUGUUUACUUUUUUCAAAACUGCAGGAAAAGAUGUUACAUUAAGGCAGAAUGAGACGAUUAAGAGGAUUACGGUGAUGGUGAGAGAACGAGUGAAGAAGAUUAACAAUAAAAAAAACUUCCUGGAAGAAACCAGAAAAAGGAAAAGGAGAGAGCUACAGCACUGAUUGCAUAUGAGGACAUUUCAGAAGGGGGUGGGGUUUAUAAUAACUAACUGCAUCUGUCUCUUUUUUUAUAUAUAUAACUUCUUGAAUGACCGAUUCAUCCCCAAAACUACAUUUUGUAGCUUCCUGUCCUAAACCCUCCCUUGUUCUGGAGGGUGGUCUGCUCCUUGUGUCUACACCUCCCCUUUAAAGACAGACCUGUUCAUCUAAAUUUUAUAUUUUAAUUUAAUUUUAACCCUCAUUUCCUGUGAAAUAAAAGUUCUGAGCAGUUGGAA